AUGAAGAGGAAGAAGGCACAAGCAAUGUCAAAUUCAGGAUCACUACCGCCCGAGCUCGAAAGGAGUUUGGGCCCAUCUUCCGGCGAAACAGCAACACCGAAAGUCCGCGCGCGCGCCCGCUCUUUCCCUCCUGCAAUCACUUUCCCGAAAUUCCAUCUCCCUCCAAACGCCCACCCCGCGCCAAAUCAAAAAAAUUCGGCCCCUCCGCUCCCUCUGCCCCCGCACGAUCCAACGGCAUCGGCGCCCUCCACAUCACCGAUCCGCGGCCCCGCCCUCUCCACCAAUCCCGUGCCGUCUCCCAUCCUAUAUAAAUCGCCACCGGCCCCCGCCGCAUUUGCCAUCUCAAACAUCCCACGCCUUCCUCCUCCACCACCGCAGUCUCCGGCAACCUCCAGACCAGUUCGCGCGUCCACCGUUUUUUGCCGAGAUCCUAAGAUGAGUUCUACCGGCGGGAAGGUGACCGGAGGGAAGACGGGCUCAGCCGGCGGAGGGCGGGGCAAGGUCAAGGGUUCCAAGGCCGUGUCGCGGUCGUCCAAGGCCGGCCUCCAGUUCCCCGUCGGCCGCAUCGCCAGGUACCUCAAGAUCGGCAAGUACGCGCAGCGCGUCGGCGCCGGCGCCCCCGUCUACCUCUCCGCUGUCCUCGAGUACCUCGCCGCAGAGGUCUUGGAGCUCGCCGGCAACGCGGCGCGCGACAACAAGAAGAACCGGAUCGUGCCGCGCCACAUCCAGUUGGCGGUCCGCAACGACGAGGAGCUCAGCAGGCUGCUGGGCGCGGUCACCAUCGCCGCCGGCGGCGUGCUGCCCAACAUCCACACGACGCUGCUCCCCAAGAAGGCUGGCAAGGACAAGGCCGACGUCGUCUCGCAGUCCCAGGAGUUCUAGAGCCUUCCAGAUCGAGGCAAGGCCGCCUCGCAGAAGAUUCGAUGGCUCUGUAGUUUGGAGUAGUAUAUCGUGCUCUAUGUAGUUAGAUUAGGUUCUUGUGGAAUCGUUUUAUGUUGUUUUGAGUUGUGGACGAAUGCUAUGGUUGGAAUGGAAUACAAUCAAUCUGGUUCUUGAUACA